AUGGCCGGUGGCGAGAAGCACCUCUACAAGGUUAUGUCCAAACCUGGACCCCAUUGUGAUGAAGACUGGACUCCAGGAUCAGCGAUAAUUGAUAUGCUUGAGUCUACCAAAGUCCUCGGAGCUGGUGGACUGGGUUGCGAGAUUCUGAAGAAUCUCGCUCUCUCAGGGUUCAAGGACAUUCAUGUCAUUGACAUGGAUACCAUUGAUAUAUCUAAUCUGAACAGACAAUUCCUUUUCCGACAGUCAGACAUCGGAAAGCCGAAAGCAGAGGUUGCCGCCGCUUUCGUAGAGAAGCGAGUAAAAGGAGUCCGGAUCACCCCGUUCGUUGGCAAGAUUCAGGACAAAGAUGAGGAUUUUUACAUGCAAUUCAAAAUCAUCAUCUGCGGCCUGGAUAGUAUAGAAGCUCGUCGUUGGAUCAAUGCGACGCUGAUUGGAAUGGUGGACCCCGAAAAUCAAGAAAGUCUUAAACCUCUUGUCGAUGGUGGAACUGAAGGAUUCAAGGGCCAAGCUCGAGUCAUUCUACCGACAUUGACCUCCUGCAUUGAAUGUCAGCUCGAUAUGCAUGCUCCUCGUCCAGCAGUUCCACUUUGCACUAUUGCAACCAUUCCGCGUCAACCACAGCAUUGCAUUGAGUGGGCGCACCAGAUCGCAUGGCAAGACAAGCGAAAGGACGAUCCCUUUGACAGCGAUAACAUGGAACACAUAUCGUGGGUCUACCAUGCUGCUUUGGAGCGAGCGCAGCACUUCCACAUUGCGGGUGUGACAUUUCAAAUGACUCAAGGUGUGGUCAAAAAUAUCAUUCCAGCGAUUGCAUCGACAAAUGCCGUGAUUGCUGCAUCCACCACCUCCGAGGUGCUGAAGAUCGCCACCGGAUGCAACCCAUAUCUCAAUAACUACAUGAUGUAUGCCGGUGAAGAGGGCGUGUACACGUACACGUUCGAGGCUGAAAAGAAGUCAGACUGCCCGGUCUGUGGCAAUCUCGCUCGCAAGAUGGACGUUGAUCCUGACUUGACGCUGGGAGAAUUCAUCGAGAGCCUCGGCGAGAGAGCCGAGGCGCAAUUGAAGAAGCCUAGCAUGCGAACCGAGGAGAAAACCCUGUACCAGCGCUUCCCACCUCAGCUAGAAGAGCAUACAAGACCAAAUUUGCGGUUAAAGCUGCGCGACCUCGUCGAGGACGGCGAAGAAAUCGCAGUCAGCGACCCGGCCUAUACGAUCGAUUUCCGCUACCGCCUUGUCUUCAAAUGA